AUUACCAAUUUAAAUUAAUGAUGGCGGUUGUCUACUGCUCGUGUCCAUUGGUUUAAAAUGUUAAUAUUGUAUCAUCUUUAAAAACGUUCAAGUUUUUUCCCUCAAAACGUCUGUGUUGUAUUGGAUAGUGAAUCUAUUUUUUGAUCUUAGUGAUUCAGAUGCACCUAAACUUAGCUGUGGACUAGUCUCAUUGUUUGCUACCGCUACAGCGAUGCUGGAUAAUUGAUAAUUACACAGGGAAAGUAUUCUUAUAAACAACAGGAGAAUGUCUUCUUCAAAGGUAUAUCGAACCUACGGGAAAAGAAAUAGCAAGCAGUGCGAAUCGACAAAGUUAUUCGAGGAGAUGCUGAAGAAUGAUGAUAAGCAAGGUCCUAAGGCUUGCAAAGCGGCCGCAGCUGUUGGAUUAUGGGGAAAACAGUCGUUUACAAGUGUUAGAAAAUCAACAUCUACUCCUCCACCAGCUAAGGAUUCCGAUCCAUUUAGUUUCGAAUCAGGAGGUGAAGAUAGUCCUAAAAAACGAAAAUCACCUAGGAAAUUUGGUAAAUCCUCAUCUGAUAUCGGGGCCACAUCGAAUAAAGCCCCAACAAAGUCGUCAGGCAAAUCGAAACCAUAUGAUAGACCUGGUAAAGCAGAGGAAUAUACUAUACCUGUUACGAAAACUACGUCAUGUGCGACAAAAACAAAAAAAUUCUUCACAACUUCUCCUAUUAAAGAAGUCUCUAAACAGCGAUCCACUGAUGACGACUCUGCAUGUAUUCCUUCACCAAAAAAACGUAUUCGAUUAGAGAAUAAUGAAAGUGAUGAAAUGAAAGACAAAACUACAGAGUCGAAUGACUUUAUGGACGACCAUAAACCUCCCCUGGUGUUAAAGAAAGCCGCAACGUCUUUGAACCCACCAGCUGUUCAAAGCCUAAAAGACAAUUCAAACGAUAAUUUAAAGCGAAGUUUAAGUUGUUCCGCAUUAAAAGCCAGCGAGAAGAAGGCCAACAGGCGCAUCUUUUCAACUAGCCCGAAAAAGUAUAAAUAUAAUUAUUGUAUUUGGAAACCCGAGGAAGAAGACAUGGCUUCCCCUGAACUAUCCGCCCCAGGAAACUUGCCGAGUAAGGAACCCUCAGCCUAUGAUUUUGAUGACGAUCCUGUGACUGUUACCUCAAAUAGAGAACCAAGAUUAAGAAAAGUAACUUCUCAAUUAGAUUUCGAUAAUGAAAGUUCGAAACUUAAAGUUACUAGAGAACAUAAACCAGUAUAUACAGUUGUUAAGGAGGUCCGUGGUGCUCAUGAAUGUCUAGAACAUGGUGAAACUGAUGAUUUCGAAACUGAUAUAGCUUAUAUAUUGCAUUCGUUAUCGCCCAAGAGUUCUCUCAAUGUCCGAUGUCUUUCAGCCACGCAACUGAUUACCAAAAGUUGUAUAACUGCUUUUCGAAUGCAUUUGAGAGCUCAUGAAACGUUGUCAAAAGUACUGGAAUUGUUAUCUGAUUCUGCCGAUUUCCCUUCUUUGGGAUUAUGUACAGCGGCUUUAUUUUUUCUCCUUUCACGUGAUAGACGCAAAUUAGAGUUAGAUAGACCUUGGUUAGAAUUGCUCAACAAGUUACUUGUCACGAAACCCGAUAUUCUUAAUUGUAAAGACUAUGAGAAAACACUGAAAAAAAUUAAAGAUUCAGAAGAUAAAUUAUUUAGCAAUACCCAGUCUUGGGUGGUGAAUGACUUGAAUGCAUCUAGUCUGAUCUUGGAAAGUUUACUGAGUUGGACUAAUCAAAACGUGAAAGAUGAAUUUAAAGACUGUGUUCGUACAGGUGGUGGAUUAGAAUACGUGCUAAAUAUUGUUUUUGAGCUAAUCGAUAGACUGGACACCCUGGAAGCAGCGCAAAAUUCUGAAAAAUCGGUUUUGUUUAAAAAGCUUGCUAAAAUAAUUAAGCUAAUCGAAAACUUAUCAUAUAAUAGAGAAGCAAAUCAGAAAUUUAUCGUUGAUUUUAACAAUCAUCAAAUCAUUCCAGCCGUUGCCAAUGUUCUAUUCAUCUGCUUAAAUACUCUGUCCAAAGGGACCAUGUCUAAUUCUUCAUCUGUGUAUUCCUGCUUAUCAUCAAGUCUGGGUAUGCUCAUGAACAUAACGCAUAACAGUCAAGUUUCCAGCCAGCUUUGCGUGCAAAAGCCGCGGAUUCCUGAUGCCUUAUUUCAAUGCAUUUUCUCAGCAAACUCAUUUCUGACACGCUCACAAGUUUUUGAAGUGACAGUUUGCUCUUUAAGCGUUGUUUUAAAUAUUUGCGAACAUCAUGAGCCAAACAGGAAAAAGAUGUUUACAAGACGAAUUUCAGUUUCCGGAAAUACCAUGGAAUUCUAUGAUGCUCUUAUAGAAAGUUUCUUUGAAAAAGAAGCUGCCGCUGACAAAGUAGUCGAGGAGCAAGAUAAAGAAAGAGAGAAAGCAACGAAUUUACAAACGAGUCCAAUGGAAACUAGUGGAGUUUGGAAAGAUGACGAAAAUGGAUUGCAGUGGCUGCCAAGUACCGGUCAAACUACUGUUAAGAAAAAAACAAAACCUCUGGGACGAGACUUGGAUGAUGAAGAAACGAAUUUUACUAAAUGUUUGAAGUUUGCUGAUAAACAUAUGGAGGAAUGCGUAAUGGCCGGUUUUAUAUCAUUAGCUCUUGGAUGUAUGAUCCAAAGUGAUGAGCAUCUUCAAAGUGUUCUACGAAAUAGACUGCCUAAUAAUGAUUUUACACCCCUUGUGUAUAUGCUUAAUAAACUAAUGGGCUUCUUAUCCUUGACUACUGCAGCCAACGUCUCAGGAUUGCAAUCGAUGGCGAAAAUUUCGAAAAUGAUGCAAAUGUGCAACGGAAAAAAAGAAUAA